GAACUAAUUAGCAAGGGACAUCAGCUGGAUGCAAUAAACUUUGCCUAUGAGGCUGGCCUUCAGGACAAGUUUACUCCUGUUUCACUGCUAAAAUCCUUCCUGAAAGACUCAAAUAAAGCAACUUCAACCUUUGAGGAUCACAACGGUGGUGGGCAAACCACGAAUUACACGUGCCGCAAGGAACAGUCAAUUAUUCGGGCUGCUAUAAAAUGUAUUCAAGAACACAAGCUUGAAGCCGAGUUUCCAUUAGAGAGCCUUCAGAAGCGACUUGAACAAUUGGAGAAGGCCAAGGUGGAGAAGAAAAAACCUUCUGGUGGUGGUCCUGCAGCUCCUGCCAACAAGCGAACACGAGCUAAUAAUGGGGGACCAAUGCCUCCUGCCAAGGCUGGUCGUCUAACAAACAAUGUGCACGUCUCCUCCCCUGCUGCUCCUGCCUUUGUACGGUCACCAUCUGCCCAUACCACAUACCCUGCGGCAGCACCUUAUCCUUAUGAUAGUCCAGCAGGACACGGUGUCUAUGGUAGCAGGAGCCCUCCAGACAUCAGGGACUCCUAUAGAUAUCCAGCCGAAGUAGGCCCUGUCGCACUUGGUGCGCCAUACCACUCACCACCUAUGAGUUAUCCAGUCUAUGGAAAUUACAAUCCCUUGGGAGGAUACAACAAUGGAGUGGCACCAGGCUAUCAACAGGCUUACUACAGGUAGGGUUGGUAUCAAGACUUCAACAAGUUGACCUGGCUGGAUGACAUAAUCACUAAUAAUUUUGAGCCAUCUGCUUGAUGGCCUAUUUGUAGUGACUAACUGAAUUUGUAGGAUGUGUGCGCUUAUUAGAUGGUUUGCUUUUAGUAACUUGUUUAGAUCAGCUGUAUUCUGCUUUCACCUACUGUAUGUAAAUUAUAUUGGACAAAAAUUUCAAAAUAUUUUAAUCCUUUGUUGUUGAAUAA